GACUCGGGAUUCGUUCCUUAUACGCUCCACCAAACCCAAAACAAGAGGACACGUAGUCGCAUGGACCCAUGCUCCGUUUUUCUUUCUCUUCUCUCCAUCCCACACUUCAUUUCCAUGCAAUGCAUCCAACUCUCCAAACACCAACUCUAUAUAUACUAAACCCAACCUAUCUAGCUCCUGUUACUUUUCAUUCACACAAUUCCUCAAACACCUUGCAACAACAUGCAACUCCGGAUACAACACUGCUAAACACCAAUGGCUUCCACCAUCGCUCCCGCAAUGCCUUCCACCUCCACCGACCCCGACCCCGACGCUGCCGUCAGGGCGGUUAGGAAACGCUACGAGGGCCUUCUCACAGUGCGCACGCGCGCGAUCAAAGGCAAAGGCGCGUGGUACUGGGCCCAUCUCGAGCCCACUCUCCUCGGCAACGCGGUCAAGCUCAAGUGCUCCCUCUGCGACUCUCUCUUCUCCGCUUCCAACCCUUCUCGAACCGCUUCCGAGCAUCUCAAGCGUGGUACGUGUCCCAAUUUCAACCACUCCUCCUUGCCUUCACCGUCUCCUAUUUCUACCGUGCUCUCCCAUUCCAACAACGGCAGAAAGAGAACCUCCUCCUCAGCCUCUCCGAAUCAGGACCGCUCCGUUCAGCAUUUGAUGUUGUCUGGAGGGAAAGAUGAUUUGUGUGCUCUCGCUGUUUUCGAGGACAGUGUGAAGAAGCUCAAGAGUCCUAGGAAUUUGUCGCAUGUUGCUCCUCCUGAGUUGACCCAGGACCAGGUUAACUCCGCUGUUGAAUUACUGGCAGAUUGGUUCUACGAGUCUUGUGGUUCUGUGCCUCUCUCUUCUCUUGAACACCCCAAGUUUCAGUCCUUUCUCACCCAGCUUGGUUUGCCGGUGACUCUGUUGAGACGCGAGAUAUAUUGUUCUAGGCUCGAGGAUAGGUUCGGGGCGGUCAAGGCCGAGUCCGAAGCUAGAAUCCGAGACGCACUGUUUUUUCAAGUGGGGUGUGAUGGUUGGAAGGGCGAGGAUGGUGUGGCGAAGUUCAUAGUGAACCUUCCGAAUGGGACUAGCGUGUUCCACAAGGUGGUGCUUGGUGGGGAGGUGGUGUCGUCUAAGUAUGCUGAGGAGAUUUUGUGGGAGGUGGUGAAGGGUGUUUGUGGAAGUGAUGUGCAGAGAUGUGUUGGGAUUGUUGCCGACAGGUUUAAGGGUAAGGCGUUGAGGAACUUGGAGGUUCAGAACCAUUGGAUGGUGAAUGUUGCUUGUCAGGUUCAGGGGUUCACGGGUUUGAUCAAGGAUUUUAGCAACAACUUACCACUUUUCAGGGUUGUCACUGAAAAUUCACUCAAGGUUGCUAAUUUUAUCAACACUGAGUCUCAAGUUAGGGGUAGUUUCCUAAGGUACCGAAUGCAGGAACUGGAAUGUGCUGGGCUGGUUCGGGUUCCCUCUCCAAAAUUUGACGUGUUGAAGGACUUUACGUCUGUGUUUCCGAUGCUGGAGGACAUCCUGAGAUGUGCUGCCGUGAUCCAAAUGGUGGUGAUGGAGGACGCGUUUAAGGUGGCUUGUAUGGAGGACCCACUGGCCAGAGAGAUUGCCGGGAUUGUUCAGAGUGAGGGAUUCUGGAAUGAACUGGAGGCGGUUUAUUCGCUGGUGAAGCUCAUCAGAGGAGUGGUUCAGGACAUUGAGGCUGAGAGGCCGUUGGUUGGUCGGUGUUUGCCUCUCUGGGAGGAGGUUAGAACCAAGGUGAAGGAGUGGUGUGUUAAGUACAGUAUUGUGGUUGAACCCGUAGAGGAAAUACUUGAAAAUCGAUUUAGGAAGAAUUAUCACCCUGCAUGGUCAGCUGCAUUUAUACUUGAUCCUCUUUACUUGAUUAAAGAUUCGUGUGGAAAGUACCUUCCUCCGUUCAAGUGCUUAACUCGUGAACAAGAGAAAGAUGUCGAUAAGUUAUUGACGAGGCUGGCUUCACGAGAAGAAGCUCAUGUGGUGUUGAUGGAGCUCAUGAAGUGGAGAUCAGAAGGGCUUGACCCUCUUUAUGCACAGGCUGUGCAGAUGAAACAACAAGACCCCAUUACAGGGAAGAUGAAGGUAGCAAAUCCACUUAGCAGUAGACUUGUUUGGGAAACUUGCCUCAGCGAAUUUAAAUCCUUACGGAAGCUUGCAGUGAGGCUCAUUUUUCUGCAUGCAACCUCAUGUGGGUUUAAGAGUAAUUAUUCUUUCAUCAGGAAGCUUUCUGCUCAGAAGCACUCGAGAAUUUCCUUGGAAAGAGCUCAGAAAAUGAUAUAUGUUGCAGCUCAUGCCAAGCUUGAAAGACGAGAUUUUUCCAAUGAGGAAGAGAAAGAGGCAGAACUGCUUGCCAUGGAAAGCAGUGAUGAUGGCAUGCUGGCUGUAGUCUUUGCCGAUACACCCCUAAUAGGUGGCAUUGCUUGAAGCAGUAGGGUGGGUAGCAAACCGGACUUGGUCGCGACGUGGGUCAACCUCGGAAGAACAUGAAAAGGAAUCUUUGUGGCCGCAGAAGCACUUCUCAUAGAUAAUCCUGCAUAUCUACUGGAGUGUUUGUUUCUGACAAAUGGUGAGGCCCACCAUGGUGGAAGUGGCUGUCCAUGUCACUGCUUUGGUUGUCAUGGUCAAAGAAAAGUGAGGUUUGCGGAAUGAACCGUUUGGCUUACCAUGAUUGCUAAAAAGUUUGGGAGAAAGUUAAAAUAAGGAGUAUAGGGAAAGAAAAUCAAAGUGAAAGCAAGGAGGCCUGUCGGCAUAAGGAGGUGCAUAAUAUGGGUCAGGGGAUAAUAUUUCAAUAAGCUGCAUAAUAAAAGCAUUUUUUGCAUGUACGUUCAGGGGAUUAUUCUAAUUUUUAACCAUGGCAGUUCUAGAGUUGGUGGUGAUGACAUCUCAGAUCACUCUUUACCCUUAUUGUCGUAGUCAUAUCAUACGUACAUGAGUUCCUUUUUAGUGUCAUACUUUUGCAGACCUGAGAAAUUGAUGUAAAGAUUAUUCUGACAUAUGACACACACUAUCAAUUUAAUGCAUG